AGGCCGGAGCUGGGAUCGAACCCACGACCUCUGCACUGUGAGGUCAACGUGCUAACAACUGGAACACCGAGCCGCUAGACCCAAGUUAUGUGGUUAUUAUUAUAUGAUAUUAUUGUUUAUAUUAUAAUAAGGUCAGUGAACUAUUGAUGUGACACAAAACAUUUUUUUGUGGUCUUCACCAAUCCGCUGUCCAAUUGUUCAGAGAGCCCUGUAAUCCGGCCUUAGAUGGGAGUCGUGCAGCACAGCCUAAUAGGAUCGUAGUAUUAACAAUAGCGCCAGCUGUUGCAGGGCCCUCUGUCGGCCAGCAGGAAGAGUGUAAGGGCGGGGGGUUUGAGGCCGUCAGACGGCAAGGGAGAGGUGAUUGACGGAGUCAUCCAGAGCUCGUCUGUGUGACGCUGUCAGUCAGUCUCAUGUGGAAUAUCCCGGGAAGCAGCUCGGUUUCGGCACGGUGGAAUUGUUGCUUCUUUUGCGGCGUGUUUCCUUUUCUUGGCCGUCCCAUCCUCGAUCAACCCAAUCCCUUGUCAUUUGUCCUUUCCCACUUGUGUUUUAUUCCGCUACCUUCUUCAUAGGUCUGUUCCUAAUCUGCCUGGACCAAGUGUGGUGCACGUAGGUCGUAGCACGUUGCACAGGUGGCUGUCGACUGCGCGUUGCGGGCUCUACAUGGAUGAAUAAGCAACACUUAGGGGGGGGCCUUUCUGGUGGAUAGAGGGAGGGGGGGUUUCAUAAAGUUCCAGUCAGGACCGAGCUUCUUAGGAGGAAGGGGUGAGGAUGGCGGUGGCCCUGGAGGAAGUGUGGGGGAGGGUCAAGAACGUCUGCAAGCAGAACGGUCUCCUCAUCCUGUCCGUGCUGGCCGUGGUAAUUGGCUGCCUGCUUGGCUUCUUCCUGAGAGGCAAGCAGCUCUCCGAACAGGAGGUCAAGUACUUUCAGUUUCCUGGAGAACUUCUCAUGCGGAUGUUGAAAAUGCUCAUUUUGCCACUUGUUGUUUCCAGUUUGAUGUCAGGUCUGGCUGCCCUGGAUGCCAAAUGCUCGAGUCGACUGGGGAUCAUGACUAUUUCCUACUACCUCUGGACCACCUUUGUUGCUGUGGUGGUGGGCAUCAUCAUGGUGUACAUCAUUCACCCCGGAGGAGCCGCUCAGAAGGAGGAUUCCGAGGAGAGCAAGAAGCCCAUGACCAGCUCGGCCGACGCUCUGCUGGAUCUCAUUCGCAACAUGUUUCCAGCAAACUUGGUUCAAGCGACGUUUCAACAGUACCGAACCCAGCGAGACCCCGAAUAUAUCCCCAAACCAACAGUGGCUCAGCUCCUGGAUGAGACCACCACUCGACGGGUCUACAUCUACGGCAUCCAGGAUGACAACGGAACCGACAUCCAGAACUUUUCGCUGGAUCUCACGCCGCCGCCGGACGUCAUCAUGAAGACGUCGGCGGGUACGAGCGAGGGCAUGAACGUGCUGGGCAUCGUCAUUUUCUCCGCCACCAUGGGGAUCAUGUUGGGGAGAAUGGGGCCCAAUGGAAGUGCUUUGGUCAACUUCUGUCAGAGUUUGAAUGAAGCAGUUCUCAAGAUUGUUGCCAUCGUAAUCUGGUAUUUCCCCUUCGGCAUUGUUUUCCUGGUUGCCGGAAAAAUCUUGGAGAUGGACGAUCCGUCAGCCAUGGGGAAGAAACUGGGAUUUUAUGCCAUCACAGUCGUAAUGGGCUUGGUGCUUCAUGGUCUUUUCAUCCUGCCUGCCAUGUAUUUCUUUAUCACCAAGAAGAGCCCCAUUGUUUACAUAAGAGGAAUUCUGCAGGCCCUACUUAUUUCCUUGGCCACUUCAUCCAGCUCUGCCACUCUGCCUAUCACCUUCAAGUGCCUCCUAGAAAACAACCACAUUGACAGACGCAUCAUCCGCUUCGUGCUGCCUGUGGGGGCCACCAUCAACAUGGACGGGACCGCCCUCUACGAGGCUGUAGCGGCCAUUUUUAUAGCCCAAGUGAACAACUAUGAACUCGACUUUGGACAAAUCAUCACCAUUAGCAUUACUGCCACAGCAGCCAGUAUUGGUGCAGCUGGGAUCCCGCAAGCUGGACUGGUUACCAUGGUGAUCGUGCUGACCUCUGUGGGUCUGCCUACCGAUGACAUCAGUCUCAUUAUUGCUGUUGACUGGGCUUUGGAUCGAUUUAGGACCAUGGUCAACGUGAUGGGGGACGCCUUGGCCACGGGUAUCAUGGCUCACAUCUGCAGGAAAGACUUUAUCAAAGAAGGCGAACAGGUACCUCUGAUCUGUGAGACAAAGCCCAUGAUUAGCAUCCAGCAGAUGAUGAGCUACCAGAACCAGAAGAACGGCUGCUACCAACCGCCGCCACCGGGCAGCAAGCACGACCACCUUUCCCCAGACGUGGCCCGCCUGAUCCAACUGGAGGAGGGCAUUCGACCCAUCGAGAAGAAGAAACACGCUCACUCUUCUCACCACAAGAGAGGCCACAGAGACAAGGACCACUGUUCCAUCGACAUGAACGGUCUGGAGACUAACGUGUAGAAGCCGUCCGAGUGGCUCUGAGCACUCAGUUGCUGGCCCCCGGCGGGAGAGGAGGACAUGCAUGUUCCUCAAAUGACGUGAUCGAGGUCACACACACUUCCCGGCUCUAGAAUAAGAGAGAGGUGGAAGGUGAAUGAAUGCAGAUGAAAUAGAAUACAAAGACUUUUUUUUUUUUUUUACGGUAUUUUAAUAAUAACCCGCGUAUUUGUUAGUGUAUUCAUCUAACAUGUAUCAUUCUGUACCGGUUGUGAUGCUGGCUUUGAGCUUAUUCCGUUCGGGUUUUGCUCUUUUUUUGUUGAGGGUGAGUCAGCGCAAAUGGAGAAGGAAGAGAAGACACAAAAGCUUGAUUUGAGAUAUCUCCUUCUGUGGACUGUGGGGAAAAGAAAAAAACACUAGCAUCCGUUAUUUGUUGUAUUGAUCUGUCUUGGUAUGAGAUUAGUCUAUUUUUAAAGGGACUUUUUCUAUAUGUUGAUCAUGCACGAGGAAUUUUCGCAUUCAACGACAUUGUUGCAACAAUGACGCAUACAUAUGACAGUACAAUAAAAAAAAAAUAAU